CCGAGUGAGUCAGGGGGGCUAGGGCUAAGGGCAGGCAGCAAUGUCUGUGGAGAAAGAGAUUCCAUUCAAGUUGCCACACCCGGGCCCGAAAGUACGGGGUAAGCAGUUUAGGAAGCCGCGGGGCCGUAGUAAGGCCCGGGCCCGGGGCGCCCGGAGCAAGGCCCACGUCCACAAGCGAUCGCAACCCGAGCCGUACUGCAAAAAGGCGCCAGUGCGAGAGAAAGAGAAGGUGUGGACCCCCUGGAAUGGACUCAUCGUGAUUGGGAAGAGAGUGGAACUCUUGGACAGAAACCUGCAAAAGUCUAAAGUGUGGGACGCAAAGUUGGAAUCUGAGAACUGGAGGCUGGAAGUCGUGGGGAAGAAGAUCUCGAAAGAGAGAUCGGGCCUGCAUCAGGAGAAGGUGGACACGAAGCUCUUGAACAGUGUAGAAAGGACGUCACAGGCUCCAGCAAAGUUGGAGGAUAAUAUCCCAGAGGAGAUUUGGGGACAGCAAGAGGACAGACCCAAAGCUGGAGCUGUAUCUAAGAGUGCAGAGAUGACAGCAGAGCCUGAAGAAAGAUUGAAAUCUAAGGACAAGAUGAGAACCAGUGGAGGGAACUUGAGAUCCAGAGGGGAUCAGCUGAGGCAGAAUGAGGAAGUGGAGUCAAGUGGAGAGAACUUGGUGCAAAAGAGAGAGAAACGGGUGUCCGUGGGAGAGAAGGUGGUGGGCAGGGGAGAGAAGCGGUCUGUUGUAGAGAAAAUGGACAGUAGAGAGAAACGGGGGUCCAUCAGAGAGAAGGUGUCAGACAGUGGCGAGAAGCGGGGGUCCAUCAGAGAGAAGGUGUCAGACAGUGGCGAGAAACGGGGGUCCAUCAGAAAGAAGGUGUCUGACAGUGGCGAGAAACUGGGGUCCAUCAGAGAGAAGGUGUCGGACAGUGGCGAGAAACGGGGGUCCAUCAGAAAAAAGACAUCCGACAGUGGAGAGAAACGGGGGUCCAUCAGAGAAAAGGUGUCGGAUAGUGGAGAGAAACGAGGGUCCAUAAGAGAAAAGGUGUCAGACAGUGGAGAGAAACGAGGGUCCAUCAGAAAAAAGGCAUCCGACAGUGGAGAGAAGCGGGGAUCCAUCCGAGAGAAGACAUCCGACAGUGGAGAGAGGCGGGGGUCCUCCAAAGAGAAGGUGAAGUCAAGUGAUGAGAAGCUGAGAUUGAAAUCAAGUUCCAGUAGAGGAGAGAAGCUGAGGACUGGUGAUAAGAACCUGAGAUCCACGGAAGAUAAACUGGAGUCAAAUACUGAGGAAGCACAGUCCGAUGAGAUGGAACUGGAAGAGCAUUCAAGACCGGGAAAUACAAGCGAAGAGGACCUUGAGAGAGUGAUAAAUAUUACUGGUGAUGAAAGUGCGAUGGAAGAGAUGAGUCUGGAACUACAAAUUCCUGAAAGUCCGGAAGGCGGAGAUGAACAAGAAGGAGCAGAGAAAGCGGGGGAGAGUGACAGUUUUGUCUUGGAUAACGUGGAAGAUCCCGCCUAUGAAUCUGUUCCUAUGGAAGAGAAAGAUGAGAUUAGAGAAGGCUCCAGGGAAUCAGGUGGAUGAAGACUUGAAGACAAAGGAGAUUGGAGAAGUAUUGAAAGUCAGAGAGGAGCUCGAGCAAAGCCAAGCUCUGCUGACCCCGAAGGGUAGAUAUGAGUGAGCUUGGGACUGGAGGAGAGUUACUGGGCAUGAGGCCAAGCCAGUAUCGACAGAGUGAAGAGUGGAAAAGAGGGAGUUGGGAUCAUUUUAAGGAGAAAAAUAUUUGGGAAUGAAUGCUAAGAAGAAGGAAACUGGCCGCUAUGUUCUUGAAGAACUGUUUGAGGGCGGACUGGAUUUUGGCAGACAUGUACAUGGCUGGGGUGUGAGAUGAAGGAGAAUAUCAGAAAGAACAGAUCAUUGCAGGGCAAAGGGUGGGCACUGAGGAUUGUGGGAGAAGCAGCCAACAGGUGAGGUGUCUGAAACUGACACCAAAAACUGAGGGGCUCCAGCAGGAAUGAAACGGGAAGAGGAGUGGUCGAAUAAAACGGUGGACCAGUGACUAGGUUCGCUCCACCCUCGCGUCUGAUUUGAACUGCACAUAUUCAAUGUGAAGAGACUCCUUCUUGGGCACAAGAUCAAGACAGCAUUUGCCCUUGUAUGGGAAAUGACCUACAUACACAUCAGGAAAUACAGAUUCUGACCAAUCGUCAGCUUUCUCUUCACUGGUUGGGAGCUUCUCCGUUUCAUGAGCUUAUCAAGUAUUUGAAAGUAUAUCAGGGCUACCGUCGCGUGGGACAGAUGGUCCCAUUUUCAUAUUUGUGUGAGUUCGCCUGCUCCCUGGAGGCUGCCCUUCGACAGGCUCUCAGCUGUGCCCUCAGCAAAGGUGAAGGAGUGACCGCCCUGAAAGAAGACCCUCUGGAAGCUUGUGUAGGGAGCAAGGCUGACGUGAUUGUGAAGGGCAAUCCCAGGUCUUUCUCUUCACUCAACCAACGAGGGGAAAUUCUUCUAAGAGCGUAUUUCCCAGCCUGGGCAAUCCUGAAAGAGGGAGCGACUACCUGCACUGCAUGGCUCCUCAUCAGGACAGCCGUAGUAGGUGGCAGCGACCACCCAGAGGCCGCCUAUCUCCUCAACUGGACAGGCUGCAAGGCCAGGUCUGUGGUCUUUGUGACCCUCAGAUCUGUGCUAACCCCAGGAAUCUGAA